CAGGAGCAACCCUCCUGUGAGUCAGGUCUACUAUAACUUCUCAACGUGACAGUGUCUAUUUCCACGGGACUGUCGGGGACGCCUUUCAUUGCUCUGUCACUGUAGGAAUUGUGUUUAGUUUGGGGACCAAAGCCGUCAAGCUCCGCUUUUGAACACUUAGAAGUAUUGACGCUGAUGGGACAUGGCGAUGGCCUCUCCAUCAAUAUCAACCGCAGGAUCAGCUACGGCAUCUGACUCGGGCCUUUCCCGCCUGGGGGGCAUCGAGGCCUUGGAGCUGAAGGUGGGGCCAGUGCGGAGGAAUCUCUUUGGGCCCGUGGAUCACCAGCAGCUGCAGCAGGACUUCCAGAGGCUGCUCUGCAUGAGUGUGGAGGUGGCCAACAAGCGGUGGAACUUCAAUUUCCAGAGCGACAUGCCAGGAGAGGGCUCCAACAUGAAGUGGGAGGAGCUCAGGUGCCAGGAUGUGCCGGCAUUUUACCGCAGUUGCAUGGUGAGGCCGGUGGCGCGGCCCAGAGUCGGGAUGACGAAGGGCAUGAGGCGGACGUCGUCUUCAUCGGGUGAGGGUUCCCCAGUGUCCAGUAGCUCGUCUGGGUCGGGGGACGAAUACCUGGAGGUGACCACCAGAGGCUGCUACAGGCUGCAACGGCCAGGGAAACGUAGACAGUCCGCUAUCACAGAUUUCUUCAAGGUGAAGAAGAGGAAGCUUCUGCAUUACAAAGCAUCUUCCCGUCAGUAGAAAAGCACAACGAGACCCAGUGGAGGACCACCAAGUGGUCCACAUACCUCCACACGUCACCUCACAUAGAUAUGUCUCAUAUCAUAUGUAUAUAUGUAGCAAUUUGUAACUGACUGUCCACAAGCUCAUACAGCAUGGGCUUAAAAACUCCUCCGACACCACAUACCUUUCAUUUUCAGCACAAGGAAGCUACAGUUUCCGUAGUUAAUCAUGCUCAGACUUUACAACGGUUUUUGGAUAAUUAUCAAUAUUAUACAUAUAGUGUAUAUAUUCUAUAUACUGUUUUCCUCAGCUGACUAUACUGUGAAAUGAUUUUGAAUGCACUCUUUCAGGAAAUAACAGAAAAUGGGCUUUAGUUCUACGAGGUUAAGUUUCUUCUGAAACGGGCCACGGAUAGUAUUUGACCUCAGUCCUCGACCUUUUUUCUCCCUCUCGCUAAAAGUCAUAAGAGGUUUUGAUUAGAUGAGUUACUAUUCCUGGCCUCGCAUCACACUUAGCCCUUAGUCUCACCCCACGGCUCCAAAAGCUCGAGUUGAGCCAGGGGUCAAAACCUCACCCAGGGUUAAAAAUUUUGGCAGCGCGACUGUGAUUAGCAUCAGGUUAAAGGUCAACGGUGGAGGUUUAGCAAUGAGGUCAUGCGGCCAAACCUGUAUGGUAGUGACUUAAAUUUUGAGUAAUAAUUAUAAUAUUCCAAUUGUCACUAUUUAUUUAUUUUUCACGAUGCUAGAUCAUCGUCUAAAUAAAUUAUAAUAAAAAAAAAAAGAAAACGAGGUUAAACGAGGUAAGAUAAGGUGUUUUUGGAAACGUGCCAUUGCCCCCAAAUUAUGCCUAAGACUAGAAGUUAUUAUGGCUCAUAUACACUCCACCGUUGCCACUUAAAAAUAUUGGCCAUAUAUAUUUUACACCAUAACAACAUAGCAAAAGAUGUUCAAAUUCCAAUCUAUAUUCCUUUUUUGCUUUGUAUUAUUUGCAUAAUGGGGUUGUAAAAAUAAUUUUUUGGCAACAGACCAGAACAUACCUUAUUUAGUUGUAUGUUUUUUUCCAGCUUUAUGCUUUUAAUAAUGUAGCAUCUCCCACUCCUUGUCUUCAUGUGAUGUCCAACUUGUAGGUUUUAAAUGCAACUCUUUUCUCCAUGAAGGGAAUGUAGUGUUUUAUCACUGUGUUGCAGCUCAGAGGAAUCAAAACUUUAGAUUCUACUUUUGGUAAUUUUUUAUAUGAAGAGUUGAGCUGUAUCACAUUUGCUAUCGCAGUGCAGUUUUGAAAGUGUUUGCAUUGUGUGUAUAUGUGUGUAUAUGUAUGUAUAUGUAUGUAUAUAUAUAUAUAUAUAUAUAUAUGCAUGCCAGUGUGUGUAUGAAUGUGUUGGUGUGGUUUUAUCUUGAGGUUUUCACCAGUUGUAAAAGUUGCGGCAGCUGAGGCAGUUGAACCAAAGAGAACCUGCUGUGCCACUUAAUUAGAAACAGUGAGUGAUCGGUUAUGGGCCACAGAAGAUCUCGAGAUGUAGCCCAUAACUGCUCAACCUUCAAGAGAAGUGACUCAAAUAGGAUGUGCCUACUUUUCUCUCCCUACGUACAGUCAUUCUAUUUUGUAUUCAGACAUAAGCCAUAACCUGAGUUAAUCCACUCUUACUACCUCAUCAUGUGAUUUAGUUACUCAAACAAGUUACAUACACAAAAAAAAAAUUCAAACAAAACCAAUCUAGCUCAGGUUGUUGCACAAAAUAGAGACAGAAAUAAUUAUUCCGUUGUGGUAAAAGCUGUGGAGGUUCAGCGCUUCAUGUCGAGUUUCACAUCAGGUAAAAGAGUCAGUGUGUCAGAGUGAGGCCCUGCUUGGUGCAGAGGAAACUCCAGCCUCUCCCGGGGGGUGGAGGUGGGUGGGGAGGAGGGAGUUCAGGCGGCUUUUGUUGUCUCUCACUCUCUCACUGCCUCACUUUGCUUUGACAGCUUUCCCAGAAAUAGACAGAGCCGAGGAAUAGUGGUGUGGGGGAAGGAUGAGGGGAAGGGACAAAAUUUAAUAGAGAAACUUCAGGAGAAAACGCCCCAGAGCCCGUCUGGAUCAAAGGAUUUCUGCGGCCAGACGAGUGGCCUGCGUUUCAGACGAGCUUUUGUCUGCCCCCUUAAAAGUCUCACAGUCUCUUUCACAAACAACCCGCCUCAGUCUCUGCGAAAAAUCGGCAUCAAAGCAGUUGUUCAUAAUCAUGUUAACAUAAUGUUGGGGUUUUUCAUGGCUCUACACAGCUAUAUUUCACAGAUUUAAAAAUAGCACGCAUGGCUAUUUAAAAUUGUUUUAAAUUCGUCAGGAAUCUUUGUUUUUCUGUCAACUUAUAUAUGUGUGUGAGUGUGUGACAGUGUUUGUGUGUGCAUCUAUCCUCUCAGUGUGUUAAAGACAAAACUUUCAAAGUCUAUAUUAACUUAUUUUGAGUAUUAUAUCAUUGUUUUGUGGGGAAAUAAUUCUAAAUUCCCUGCUAUAACUAACUGUUUUUUCUGAAACUAUAUCUUUGCACUACUUUAAACAUUGUUGACAAGAGAACUAUUUUUUUAUGGUAAUCUUUAAAAACCAUACAAAUCCUCAGUGAGAAUUUCAGGCACAGUUUAGGAAUUUCUUGACAAUUCAACUUUUUUUUCCUCCCAUCAGGCUUUUCACAUUGUUGGACAGAGUUUCUAAGGUUUUCUAUGGCCUUGUUUAAAUUCAAGUCAAGUCCAUUGGCAGGGAAAAAAAAAAAAAAAAGUAAAACUAAAAUGAUGAGUCAAGACAUAUCUGUUGGGUGUCUCACUGUGCUCAAGCAAACUCUGCUUUCCUAAUUCACCUGUCGCAGCUAUAUCAAAGUGUAGUGUUUUUGUUACUUUGUAUAUGCAUGAAUGUAUGAUAAUCUUUGUAUACCAUUUGUAAUAAUUUUAUUGUAAUUUAAUAGUGAUUUAUAUUUCCUUGCAACAUGUAAGAAGUGUAAUUAUAUGGGAUCAGAAUUAUAUCCGUUUUGAUAGUAAUAUUUGUAUAGAAAAUGUUAAGAGAUUCGUUUGAUGGGUUAUUGGUGCACUGUUGCCUUUCAUAAUUUUAAUUUCAGAGUGUGCUCAAAAUAAUAAAAUGUUAAUGAAUGAGAAAUGAUAAACCACAAA